CAAAAUCAUAGCAAAAACUGUCCUUAUUAUUAUUUAUAUAUCAAGUCAUGCUGAUUCGAAGCCAAGCUUUACGGUGGGCAGUUUUCUUGACACUUUGUCUUCUGUUGGUGAAGGGGUUCCCUGCAAAAAGACGAAGAGCAAAUCCCAUCAAGAGCAAGAGUGAAACAUCUCUAGAGGUUACCAUUGAGGUUGUGGACAACCCACAGAUGGAGAUUGAGAUGGACCUCGCCAAGGAGAGCAGGAAUGACUGGUCCUUGAGCUCGGAAGAGUGGCUGGGCCAUAAAAAGCUCUUCUGGCCAUUGUUCUGGGAAUAUCAUGACUCCAGUCAAGAAGGUCCUGGGCAAGGCAGUCUGGAGGAGAAUGGGGAGGACCUCAGUUAUGAGGGAGAAGAUUCCCUAUUGAGUGGUGUGGGUGCAGACUGGAACAGACGAUGGAAGAGCUGGGACUCCAUGGACAAUUACGAAUAUGAGGAGGAAGAAUGGAGCGACUGGUCACCAUGCAGUGUCACCUGUGGACACGGGAAUCAAAAGAGGAUUCGUUCAUGUGGCUAUGCCUGCACUGCCACAGAAUCACGGACAUGUGAUUUAGAGCAUUGUCCUGGCAUGCAGAAGUCGAACAAAUACCAGAGACACCAGACUCGUGUUUGA